ACACAGAACAUUAAAACUUCGUUGUCAAUAAAAUUUUAUUGCUAAUUUUUUCUAAAUAAUUAAAUUGUUGAAUUUCCACAUAAAAAUCACUACAUUUCACAAUGAUUAAUAAUACUCAGAACUUUCAAUAGAGUUUAUUGUUUCAAUAUCGAAAACUCCAUUUGAACUUGUGGACGUCUAAAAUAAAACUUCGAGCAGCACUGCAACUAUAAAUUUUUAAAAAUCGAAACGUCUAAUUCUUAGCGCCAAAUAUUAAUAACCUAACUUUCUAUUUCAUAAUUCUGAAAUAUUUUGAUGAUUGAAUUAUCAUUGUUAGUAAUGAAGAAGAUUGACUAAAAUGGGUGUUCAGGGUUUGUUACCUUUCCUCGAAAAAGCUACAAAACCAUGUCACAUAUCUGAAUUUAGAGGACAUGUAGUAGCUAUCGAUACCUAUUGUUGGCUCCAUAAAGGGGCCAACUCGUGUGCAUUCGAAUUAGCAAGUGGAAAUAAUACUAACUUAUUAGUGCAAUAUUGCUUGAGGUAUAUAAAACUUUUGCAGUCCUUCGAUAUUAAACCAAUACUCGUAUUUGAUGGCAAGAAUCUCCCCGCAAAAGCAGAAACUGAAUCUAAAAGACGUGAAUCUCGGAAUAGAGCUAAACAAAGAGCUAGCGAGCUACUUAAACUGGGUAAAACAGAGGAGGCUCGAAAUUAUUUAAGACAGUGUGUCAAUAUAACUCCAGAAAUGGCAGUAGAUGUUAUAAAAGAGUGUCAAAAAUUACAGAUUGAUUGCAUUGUAGCUCCAUAUGAAUCAGAUGCUCAAUUAACGUUUUUAAAUAGAAAAGGGAUAGCGGAUAUAAUAAUUACUGAAGAUUCCGACUUGCUGUUAUUUGGAUGUACAAGAGUUAUGUAUAAAUUAGAUUUAAGGGGAUGUGGAUAUAUUGUAGAAGCAGAUAAAAUACCUUCUACAUUGAAGUUAAGACCAGAUAAAUAUACAUUUGAAAAGUUUUUGCACAUGUGUAUUUUGUCAGGAUGCGAUUAUGUUAAUUCUUUACAAGGUAUAGGUCUCAAAAAGGCUGAAAAAUUUAUUGUACUUACUGAAGAACAAAACCCUCUUUUAUUUUUAGACAAAGUCCCGAGAUAUCUCAAUAUGCGCCAUUUGCAAAUAACUAAUAAAUACAAAGAAGAUUUUAUGUUAGCCGAUGCAACAUUCAAACAUCAAAUAGUGUUUGAUCCAUUUAAGAGACAAUUAGUGCCUUUAACAGAUUGGAAAGUGUUUAACACAAAACCAGAAUAUUGUAGAAAUGCAGGAGAAAUUUUUGAUAAUGAAAUUGCCUAUCAGGUUGCUCUUGGUAACCUUCAUCCAACAAACCAUAAAAAAUUGAAUGACUGGUCACCCACGAAAAAUAAAUUAGCACUGAACAGCAUCUGGUCUGGAUCACCUAGAAGAAGUGUACCAAGGAAAAUCCAACAAACACUGCUUGUCAAAAACACAAAACAAGACAAGGAAAUAAAUGAAAACUAUGAUAAGCUAGAAAUUGAAGCAGACAAGAAAAUAGAACAAGAACUAUCAAGUUAUUUCAUGAAAUUAGAAAGCAAUACAAAAAUAUCAGAUUCUGAAGAAGAACCAAUUGAAGAAAAGGAAGAUGAAGUUUCACCAGUAUUAAAAAAGAAUCCAUUCUUAAAGAAAUUGAGUAAAUUCCAAAUGACUCGAUCAAAAUCUAAUAUAAUAGUUAAAAGUAGAUAUUUUUGUUCUCAAUCUGAAAUUGAGAUGAUAGAAGCUAAAGGAGGAACAGAAAAAAUUGAUGACGAAAUUAUUGAAGUUGAUAAUAUUUGUGCAGAAAGUAAACCAGUUGAUUUUUCAGAAUCUCCAAUACAGGCUCUAUCAGAUUUCGAAUUGAGUGAAAAUUUUACUGAAAAGCAUACAGAUUUAGAUACUAUAGAAGUGGAAGAUAUCUCUAGGUCACAACCAUGUAGUUCAGGGGCACUUGUUGAUUCCAGUAACACGAAAAGGAAAAGACCUGGUACAUGCAAAUCAUUAGGCUUGAAAAGAACAAAAUCAGAGGGCCAACCUACGCUUCAUAAUUUUUUCAGAAAAUUACAGUGAAUAUAUGAUUUAUACUACACUAAUUGAAGACUGUAUAAUUGAGAUACAUUUUAAACCAUACUCAUAGGAUCCCAUUUUUGGAUCAAACUCUUCCAUAGUUGUGUUCAUUGGGUUCAAGUAAAGAUUCAUUAAUUAAUAUAUCAAAACAGAGGACAUUUUUAUAGUAAUCUACAAACCGAAAUUCACAAAAACUGGACAUGUAAAAAAUCCAAACGCGUUGAUAUUCCUUCUUCAAAAGUCUGAUACAGUUUUGAUGAAUGAGAUUCCUGUUAUGCAAAAUAUUACCAUGUAUUGUUUCUUAAACACUCCUUAACCAUGACAUCAUAUUAAUUUGUACGUAGUUUACCAAAUAAUAAACUAUUUUAUUAGUAA